UAUCACACACGCUGCAUGCUAAUGCCACCGAUUCCCAAUGAGCGCUAAAACACGUCUUAAAAUCAGCUCGUUGCGUUGUCUUGAGUUGGAGCUGCUUGAGGAGGCGACGGAGGGAACAUAUCAUCACAAUUCCCCCUUUGGCGAUACCUGCUGAUUGGGUCCUAAAAAAAAAAAAAGAAAAAAAAAAAAGCAAGCAGGCUUUUAACUUUUAAUAUUUGGCUCCCGAGUUCUGCCACGAGUAGUCGCGAAAGAUCGAUUAUCCCUCAGUGUUUUUUUUUUUUCCGGGGGAAUAAGAAUUAAAAAAAUCCAUUAGAGCGGAAUCGUUUUUUUUUUCCUUAUUUCCCCCCUAAUUUCGCGUUCCAAUCUCCGUGCGCACAUGAGCGCGCAUGGAGGCUUUCUCCUGGAGACGGUUUAGCCAAACUUUAAGGAUGAUACGCCUCGGAUGUUUCCUGCUGCUCUUCGGGCUCACGCAUGUCAUGGCGAGUUAUCCCAUCUGGUGGUCACUAGCGGUGGGCCACCAGUACUCGUCACUGGGCACUCAACCAAUCCUCUGCGGCAGCAUCCCGGGUCUGGUGCCCAAGCAGCUGCGAUUCUGCCGGAACUACGUGGAAAUCAUGCCCAGCGUGGCCGAGGGGGUGAAGAUCGGCAUCCAGGAGUGCCAGCACCAGUUCAGAGGGCGGCGCUGGAACUGCACCACGCUCAACGACAACUUGGCCAUUUUUGGGCCGGUGUUAGAUAAAGCCACGCGAGAGUCGGCCUUCGUUCACGCCAUUGCCUCGGCGGGAGUGGCAUUCGCCGUGACCCGCGCCUGCGGCGAGGGCUCAGCCACCAUCUGCGGUUGUGACACGCGCCACAAGGGCCCCCCCGGCGAGGGGUGGAAGUGGGGUGGCUGCAGCGAGGACGUGGAGUUCGGCAGCAGCGUGUCCCGUGAGUUUGCCGACGCGAGGGAGAACCGCCCGGACGCGCGCUCGGCCAUGAACCGCCAGAACAACGAGGCAGGAAGAAUGUCCCUCAACGACAACAUGUUCCUGAAGUGUAAGUGCCACGGGUUGUCGGGCAGCUGCGAGGUCAAGACGUGCUGGUGGUCUCAGCCCGACUUCCGAGUGAUUGGCGACUACAUGAAGGAUAAAUACGACAGCGCGUCAGAGAUGGUGGUGGAGAAACAUAAGGAGUCCCGCGGAUGGGUGGAGACCCUGAGACCCAAGUACAACUACUUCAAACCGCCCACGGAUCGCGACCUGGUUUACUACGAAAGCUCCCCCAAUUUCUGUGACCCCAACCCUGUGACCGGCUCCUUUGGAACCCGCGAUCGCGUCUGCAACCUGACCUCCCACGGCAUAGACGGGUGUGACCUCCUCUGUUGCGGCCGGGGACACAACACCAGGACUGAGAAGAGAAAGGAGAAGUGCCACUGCAUUUUCCACUGGUGCUGCUACGUCAGCUGUCAGGAAUGUGUGAGAGACUACGACGUGCACACCUGCAAAUGAGGACAUACGGCCCCUCGCCUUUUUCCCGCAAAAUGUUAAGACUUGAUUCGGCAGCAGAACGAAUACAGCAGCUCGUCUCCAAGACGCGAGAGACUGCAAAGGUGGCCUGACCUGUCGGUGGACUCCAGUGGCAGACUUGAUGGCCUUUGUGUUUGGUGCUGCAAUGAUAAAAAAGAGCCCCGUCUCUGCUUUGAUCAAGGCAGCAGGUGUUGACAUCACAAAGCCGAAUCCACACGAACCACACAUAUGGUAAUGAUGACAACAGUGUUGAUCUCUCUGGCGAUGACGAAAGAUUUUUUUUUUUUCUGUAGGAAAGUACUGUCGGCUAAUUGUCAAACGCCAUAUUGGUGAUUUCUUUUUGUUUUGUUUUGUUUUUUGUGUUUUAAGUAGUAAGUUUUUUUCUGUUGAGAAUAGUCCAGCACUGCCGAUGCAGAAAAAGUCACGACAUUUAUGAGCAAUUUACAAGAUCAGACACUCAACAGCAUGCAUUCUCAUCCUCAAUGUUUUAAGUAUGUUUGUGUAUACCUGGAAAACUAACAUUGCUGCGUGAAUGAGGUUCUUUAUGUUGCUAUUGUGUACUUUUGUUUGGGUAAGAAUGCACUUGCACCUGAGUGAAUGUAGUUAUUAUGCUGCAAUGUGUUUACAAUUCCUAGCGAGUUAAUAUCGGCUUUAAAUAACUCAUUUUAGCUCGAGAGUAGACACGAGCCACAUCAACUCAACAUCGGCAAAACAAAAAUACACACAGUCUGCACAUUUCUUGAAAAAGCGAGAGUAACAAUGCUUUGAACAACAUCGAAGUGACGACCAAAGACCAGAAAUGAAAGCCCCUCCUCUAAGUGGGCGGUGCUUACAGAGCUGCAGAUGACUCUAAAAGGUCAGCACUUGUGUCCCGUUGAGAAAUAUGAGGCAUGUUCUCCUUGUUCUUAUCAGUAUUACUAAUGUCUCAUGUGACUGGGUGUGGGGAAAACCGUUAUUUAUAAAAGGGAUAUUCACACUAUAUUUUUGUUUCAAUUAAACAAACUCCUCUAUUACGAUAUUCAAGCUCAAUUCUGUUCAACGUCGUAAAAUGCAAAAUAACAAAUGGUUAAAGAGCUGUACUACAUCAGCUCUGAAUAACGCGGUGUAAUUCCCAGUUGUGAUUAAAUGUUGACCAAAACUUGUGCAGGAGACGAUUCUCAGCUGUGGCCUCUGGUUCCCCAAACUAAACAAAAAGCAGCAUCACUGAAACUAUUGAUACUUCCCUUAUUUUAACGCUGCUAAGUAAAUAUAAUAUUUGUGUGUUUGUGUAAGUUUGCGGCUUUAGGUCCUUUCAUUCGGUACGAUUUUGUCCACUUGUGUUCUUCUAUGUAUAUUCUUGCAUGAAUUGAUUCUUUCUGUGAAAGAAAUUGCUUAUAUGUAGUUUGAAAAAAAAAUGUGAAGUUUUGACUAAUUCUUGCAUAGCGUAAAUCCCAUUUUAACCAAAUAGACCAAAAUAGAGUUUAUGUUAUUUUUAGUUUCCUGUCGUUUUGUAGUCAUGCUAAACAUCGGGGCAAAAUUAUUAAUGUUGCCCUCUCUUAAUUUGAGUAAAAGUUCAACACUGUGUUUAUUUAUCUGGAAAGUGAAAAACUGCUGAAAUCUGAGAAAAUGUCACAAAAUGUUGAUGAAAAGGUGAAUGGGCCUUUUCCCUGAGUUGCCCUGACGAUAAAGAGUGUGUAAAGUCACUGAGGAAUUGUUGUUUACAGCCAAUGUAAUGUCUCAGGCAUCUAUAGUGGGACUAAAGUCAUUUCUCGCCCGUAAUCCCCUUUCAACCUGACGGCAAACAUCAACGAGCAGCCAUGACCAGUUUCUUAAGUCAUCUUCAAUAAAUCACACAGCAACCAUUACAACAACUUUUAACUUGCAUUUAUUACGGUUCACUUUAUGUGUGAUUGACUGUUUUUGUGGACGAUUUGCUUACGUUCUAAUUUUUUGUUACGUCUUAAAUCCAAAGUUUUGUACAAAUUAGUUUUUGUGUUUUUAUAGAUUUCUAAAAUUGGAUGUUUUUUUAUAAUUAUUUAUUUCCUGCUAUGUACAUAUUAGUGAGUAAAAGUAUAUAUUUGCAGAAACACAUUUUUUUAAACAGUGUUGUGAAUUGUAACGCUGUAGCAUUUUUACCUCAUCUGUUUUUUCACUGACUGCACACAGGUAUCGUUUGUCUCACAGCCUGUAGUAGAUUUAUCAAGUUAACUCUGUAACACCAAAAUAAAGCAACAUAAACAACC